AUGUGGCUUCUCCUAGCUCCGAUGGAGAUCUGCAGGCAGGGCUCCUGCACCCCACCGCUAGCAGCUCCAACUCCAUCUCCAGGUGUCCUCAUUUGUCCCAGCAGAGACAUUAACAUGGCUAGCAAGUUGCAAAAUGCAGCAAGUCUAACUAUCCGACUACUACAACAAAUCACGGAUAAUUUCUCGGAGGAGCGAAAAAUUGGUCAAGGCGCAUAUGGAACGGUUUACAAGGGGGUGCAUGCCAAUGGAGAGGAGAUUGCUGUAAAGCUGCUCCGUAAUAACCUGCAAGGAACUGACGAUGAGCAAUUCAAACGUGAGUUUGAAAACCUCAUGAGGCUCGAUCAUCACAACAUUGUACAGUUAGUUGGCUAUUGCUACGAAACACAUCAUAAACCUAUGCUGCACAAUGGAGAAACCAUUUACGCUGAAGAAACAAACAGAGUGCUCUGCUUUGAGUAUAUGCGAAAUGGAAGCCUUCAAAAGCAUAUUUCUGAGGAAUGUGAUGGACUUGACUGGCACACACGUUACGGAAUUAUCAAAGGGACAUGUGAGGGAUUAAAAUACCUUCAUGAAGGAUUCAAAGAACCAAUUUACCAUAUGGACUUGAAACCUGACAAUAUACUGCUAGAUGAGAAUAUGAUGCCAAAACUAGCAGAUUUCGGCUUGUCUAAGCUCUACGAUGGAGAACAAUCAGUGAUCACUCAAAUUCUUACGGGAACAAUUGGAUACUUGCCGCCGGAAUAUUUAUUUGAACACAUAGUCUCGAAGAAGUUGGACAUAUUCAGUCUGGGUGUUGUGGUGACAAAGAUAAUUACGGGGCCUAGAGGCCCCACCAGGAGGGCUGAAAUGACUUACCAAGACUUUAUUAAUCAAGUACAUGUAAACUGGAGGAAAAGAUUGCAGGAAACAUGGCAUGCUUCCCAACCUUUAGAAGCGUAUUGCAAGCAAGUGAACAUAUGCAUUGAAAUAGCAUUGACCUGCAUGGAGAGCGAUAGGCACAAAAGGCCUACUAUAGUAGAUAUCAUACAUAAACUGAACGAGACUGAAACUGUGAUCAAAGAGCUGAAAAAUGAUGAGGGUCACCGAUGGACAAGCAACCAUAUUACCGAGGAUAUUGUAGCGCAAGAAACUGAGCGUGAUUAUCGUGCUAUACCUGAUCAAGACCCAACACUCAUGGAACCUGUUAGGAGUGAUGUAUUAGAAAAUACAGAGGGAGUUGAGAAUGAAUAUGCAGCUGCAGAGGAUGAUCCCCUGCCAGGCAUAAAAGGACUAAGAAUCACAGGUGAAGCUUUCCCUGGAAGAGAACUUCAAGCGAGUGGGUUUUCCAUCAACGGAACCAGAGGUUGUAAUUUCGAGUGGGUACGCCAUUUCGAAGAUGGAUCCGUGAAGUUCAUAGAAGGUGCACGGCAGCCCACAUAUGUAGUUACCGCUGACGACGUGGACACUCUACUAGCCAUUGAGGUCCAGCCACUAGAUGACCGAAAAAGAAAGGGAGAUGUCCUGAAGAUUUAUGCCAAUGAACAAAUGAGAAUUACUUGCGAUCCUGAAAUGAAGGAGCUUAUCAAAAGAAUCCUUUCCAUUGGGCAUGUGUCUUAUGAAGUCCUGCUACCUUUUCAGGUUAGAUUUCUAGAUAUGUGGGAACCUGCUGUAUUGUCAAUAAAGAGGGAAGGUUACAGCAUUAAGUGUAACGGACAACGCGGUGUUGUCAUUACAGAGAGAUUCCAGCAAUCCACGGAUAUCAGUAUCCCAUGGGCGCAUCCUACUGAGUUUUCAAUUCAGUCAGCUAAGGGCACGCAGUAUAAUGUCAAGCCUGCUGAAAAUUCCCCAUCACGGGAUACUAUUGUUCUAAUACUGAGGGUGUUCAGGAUGCAGGCUAUUGAGAAGAGCAAAGCAAGAAGAUGGGGCAUCUUCUCCAAGUAG